AUGUCUCAUAUUGGUAAAUUCGGACUACACGGAGGAAACUUUAAGAAACCGCCUCAGCGAAAAACUAGAUUGAACCGUUCAUAUGAAGAGUUGACUCCUAUAUCUUGGAGUGAGUAUUUUGAACACAAACGCUUUGUUGACAUUGAUGGUAACAAGUUUGCGACCUACUCACUGGGCAAUGCUGAAUCCGUGCUGAUUGUCUUGCUCCACGGCGGGGGGUUUAAUGCUCUCACAUGGUCUCUUUUCGCUAAACAUUUAGUAAAACAAUGUGAAUGCCAAGUUUUAGCAGUUGAUCUUCGCGGGCAUGGGAAUUCAUUUACAACAGAUGAUAAUGAUUUAUCUAUGACAACUUUUACUAGCGAUAUCAUAAGUUUAUUACGUAAAUCAUAUCCAGACAAAAUGCCAUCAAUAGUUUUAAUGGGCCAUAGUCUUGGAGGAGCUAUUGCUGUAAAUAUUGCUUCUACAGCAGAAUCAGAUCUGCCUAUUAUUGGUUUGGUUGUUAUCGAUGUAGUUGAAGGUUCAGCAAUGGAAUCAUUAGCUAGUAUGCAAAGUUUUUUGAGGAGUCGUCCAAAAUUGUUUAAAAGUUUAAUGGAUGCUAUUUCAUGGGGAAUGGGAAAUGGUCAUAUAAAAAACGAAGAAUCUGCCAGAGUUUCCAUUCCAGGACAGAUAAAAAAUAUUGCCACUGGUAAACUUGGUACGGACGAAUUUGAAGAACCAACAAUUGAGACUCCAGUAUUAACAGAAGCUAUUUCAGAACCUCAAUAUUCAAUAGAUUCUAUUAUAGAAGAUGAAGAGUGUGGUGCAUCUUCAUUUUCUAAUGAAAAAUCAUUGGGCAAUUAUACAUGGAGAAUUGAUUUGUGUAAGACAGAAAAACAUUGGCCAGGAUGGUUUCAAGGACUUUCAAAAAAAUUCUUAUCUAUACAUGCUCAAAAAUUAUUAUUACUGGCUAACAUUGAUCGUAUGGACAAAGAUUUGACUGUUGGUCAAAUGCAAGGUAAAUUUGAAAUGCAAGUGUUAACUAGAGUUGGACAUGCUGUACAAGAAGAUGAUCCAGAAAAAGUCGCAAGUAUCUUGUCAAAUUUUUUGGUACGAAACAAAUUUGCUAAUCCAACAGGCGAUUUUGUUCGUAUUCUUCCUGGCUGUUAA